CAGAGAUUGAGGUUAUUAAAGAGGAGAGUGAAGACAUGAAGAUUGAAGAAGCAUUCAGAGCCAAACAUGAAGAUACUGAGGAACCAACAGACCCGAUGGUGUUGAAAGAGGAGAGUCAAGAACUCAAUGAAAUGGAAGAGGAAGAUCAAUAUAAGAAUCAAUGUGAUUUUAUAACUGGAGAAAAAUCUUUUAGUUCACAGACUGAAAAGACAGGAAGUAGUAGUUAUUUUACUUGCCAACAGUGUGGAAAGUGUUUUAGACAAAAACAAGGUGUUAAAAGACACAUGAGAAUUCACACAGGAGAAAAGCCUUAUGUCUGCCAGCAGUGUGGAAAGCAUUUCAAUCGAGAAGUAACUCUUAAAAGACACGUUAGAAUUCACAAUGGAGAGAAGCCGUACACAUGCCAACAGUGUGGAAGGAGUUUCACUCAACUUGGAAACCUUGGAGUCCACAUGAGUGUUCACACUGGAGAGAAGCCUUACAAAUGCCAACAGUGUGGAAAAAGUUUCAACCGGAAAGGAAACCUUCUUUCCCACAUGACCGUUCACACUGGAGAGAGCCUUUUCACCUGCAAACAGUGUGGAAUGAGUUUCACUCAAAAAGAAAGCUUUAACAGACACAUGAGAGUUCACAAUGGAGAGCAGUCUUACACCUGCCAACAGUGUGGAAAGUGUUUUGAUCAACAUGAAAACCUUAAAGUCCACAUGAAAAUUCAUGGAGGGAAACCCUACACGUGCUCCGAGUGUGGAAAGAGUUUCCGUCAAAAACGACACUUUGAAGGCCACAUGAGAAUUCACUCUGGAGAGCAACCCUACGCAUGCCCUCAGUGCGGAAAGAGUUUCAAUUAUAAACAACACUUUGAAGACCACAUGAGAACUCACACUGGAGAGAAGCCUUUCACCUGCCAACAGUGUGGAAGAAAUUUCAACCGGAAAGAUACCCUUAACAGGCACAUGAGAGUUCACACUGGAGAGAAGCCAUUUACAUGUGGUCACUGUGGAAAGAGUUUCGGACAUAAAGCAGCCCUAAAGGCCCACAUGAGUUUUCACUUAUAAGGGAGCUCUUUUUAUGUCAUCAGUGUGGAAUUGUGGAAAGUUUCACAUACAAGAAACAUAUUGGGUAUCAUGUAAUAACACCAGACAAACGACUUUCAUGUGCCAUCACUGUGGAAAGACUUGCAGAAACAAGGCAAUCUUGAGGUUCACAGAAGCGCCCCCCGAUAUAGCGGCAGAUUUGGCCCUUGUUUACACCUGGAUUUAAAAUGUGUUUUGGUUGAUCGGAUCUCAAAUUAACUGUCUAUUUUUUCAAGUGUGGGGAGUCAUUGCGUGGGUAAAUGCAUGGGUUUUUCAGAUAUUUUGAUCAAUUGGAUAAAACACAUUCACACAAUUUACAUGUAAACGUGAAAUGAGACAAUGG